AUGUCUAUCGGCGUAGCAAUCAUCGGAAGUGGCCUCUUCGCCCAGGAGCAGCAUCUUCCUGCUGUUCAAGCGGCCCCGAACUUUGAGCUCAAGGCCAUCUACUCGCGGUCUCUUAAAUCGGCACAGACUCUUGCAAACGGCACAUCCAGUAUCGAUCUCUAUUCGGAGGACGCUGGAGCUGGCAACUCGUUUGACGAUCUACUGUCUCGUCCAGAUAUUGGCGCUGUAAUCAUUGCUCUUCCCAUCCUUGUUCAACCCGAAUUCAUCAAGAAGGCGCUUCUCGCUGGCAAGCAUGUCUUGUCUGAAAAGCCCAUCGCCAAGGACCUUGCGACUGCCCAAGGACUCCUCAAGUGGUACGGGGCCAAUGUUGACACGAAGAAAACAUUCUGGGCCGUCGGCGAGAACUUUCGGUACACGACCAAGUAUCUGUUCGCGGCUGAGCAGGUGCGAAAGAUGGGCAAAGUCAAGCACUUCCGAGUCAAUGUCCAGAACUUGGUCAAGGAGGACAAUAAGUACUACCAGCAUAUCACCACCUUGUCUGCACAGUCCCAGUUGCAGCAAGCCUACCUUCCUCCGGUUGAUACAGUGGACGCUGUCGCUCAAACUAGAUCUGGUGCUACGGGAAUCAUUUCUCUCUCCUGGGGAUCGCCAUUCAGCGAUAGCACCUUUGAAUUUGCCUGCGAGAAGGGCGUCGUGACAUUGAAAGAUGACGAUGUGACCGUCAAUGGUGUGGUGAACCACAUUGAAUUUGAUGGCAGGGGAGUUGGCCCUGAAGUUGCUGAAUUUGCCACAGCCAUUGUUCACGGACGCCCGGUUGAGAAGAGACAGUCACCCGAGGCUGCAUUGGCGGACUUGGAGAUUUUAGAGCAGAUGCUCAAGAGCGGUGAGCGACAGGGAGAGAAAGUGAGCCUUCACCUGCAGGUAUAA